CCGAUAGGGUCACGCCGCUCCGAGCUCCGCGCGCCGCUCCCAUGCGUUCGCUCUCUGGCCUUGUGUGAUCAACUUGUUUUCCCCCGAGCUGAGCAAAAUUCUUUUAGUCAUUUCUCGUUGCGUGUUGUGGUUAUCGGUAUCUUUUUGUCGUUGUGCUUGUUGAGAAGUGUGAGUUUAGUUUGAGAAAGUUUUGAGGGAGAUUCAUGGUUUGCGAAAGUUGAUGGGUCGGUGAAGCUGGAAGCCCAACACUGCGAGCGAGUGGCCGGAUUUCCCGCUGGUGAAGGUGUGUCGCCAUGUAGAGGCCGGAAUCAUGUGGACAUUAUGAUGAAUGUCGCGUAAACUGCCCAACCUCUGGAUUCGCGAGAACAGUUUGUUUGACGGCGCCGAAGGAGGCGGCGAAGGAGCAGCCGAAGGAGCCAUGAGGCGCGCCGGCGAGUCCCCGGUCCGGGUCCUGGAGACCAACAUCGACUUCCCGCUGUCCGUGAACGGCGACGUGAACAAGGGCCCGAACGGCAACAAGCGCGGCUCGCUGCACGACCACCACCACCACCACCUGCACCACGACCACCACGACGCCGAGGCGGCGGCCGCCACCGACACCAUGCUGUCGCACCACAAGUACCCGCUGCCCAACGACGACGACGACGAGGAGCCGCGCCCGCCCGCGGGCAAGCUCGGCAAGGUGGCCAGCAAGCACGGCCUCACCAAGAAGGGCCUCACGCUGCUGCUCAUCACGCUGGGCGUGUGCCUGCUCCUCCUGCUGGCGCUGCUGGUGAUGGCGGCGAUGUGGCCGAGGGAGCAGGAGGAGCCCAAGAUGGAGAUCUGCCUCACGCCGGACUGCCUCCGCGCGUCUGCUCAGCUGCAAGGGAACCUCGACCCAGAGAGCCUUCCCUGCGACGACUUCUGGACCUUCUCGUGCGGGGGGUGGCUCGAGGACAACCCCCUCCCCCCCACGCGCUCCAAGUGGUCCGUCAAGGAGAAACUCAAGCAUGAAGCGCUGGCCGAGAUGCGCGAGCUGCUGGACACGAUGGACGAGCCGCAGGACGUGAACAGCAUCGAGUGGAAGCUCAAGACGUUCUACUGGUCCUGCAUGAACGUCCACUCCUACAUGAAGAGCGGCCUCGACCUCAUCAAGAGAAAGAUCAUCACGGAGCUGUCCGGCUGGAACCUGAUGCGCGACACGUGGGACCGGCGGCGCUGGGAGUUCGACUUGGUGCUGACGAGACUCCACGCGCAGUUCGGCGUCUCGCCCUUCUUCAGGGUCACGGUGGUGCCUGACCCGCGCAGGGAGGGCCGCAACAUCAUCAAGUUCCUGCACAUUCGCCUGCCCAGGAAGCUGAAGAAGGGCAAGUCUGUGUGUCUUGGGCCUCCUGAACUCUCUGAGCUACAGCAUCUUCAAAAACACUUGUUCCAAAUGAAUGUGGAGCAGGCCUACAAGCAGUACAUCAAGGACACCGUCAAGCUCUUCGACGCCAGCGGACCCGAUGCCGUCGAGUUCGCCGCCCACCUCUUCCACUACGAGAGCCGGAUCGCCGAGAUCACGCCCUCGGAGCGGAUCCUGAAGGACCCUCUGGCGUCGAACCAUCUCAUCUCCGUCGGGGAGCUCUCGCAGAUUGCCAGAAGCGUCCCGUGGCUCGACCUCCUGCGCCACAUCUUCCCCAACAGCAAACUCGACCACAGGACGGAUGUCUUGGUCGUGUCUCGCGAGUACUUCAGCGACCUCUCGGAGCUCAUCUCGACGACAGACAGGAGUCUCUUGAACAACUACCUGAUCUUCAGCUUCGUGACAGCCUUUAUGCCCUAUUUGUCAGCGGAAAACAGGAGAGUUCUGGAUCUCUAUCACAGGGAAUUUACAGGCCGCCAGGAACCGAUGGAACGAUGGGAAUUCUGCAUUCAGUCGACGUCGAAAUUCUUCAGCUUCGGCCUCGGAUCCUUGUACGAACGAUCGCCUUCGAGAAUCCGAGCUCGACAGCGCAAUGAAGAAGUUAUUCAACACAUUUUCGGCCAAAUUCGCAACACUUUGGCCACAAAUUUGGUAAACAGCCGCUGGUACCCACUCGAAGUGAAGGCUCAACUGACAGCAAAGCUGAACAAUAUGACGAUAGCAGUUGGAUAUCCUGACCGUCUGCUUGAUCUUAAUGUGAUCAAUGCAUAUUAUGAAGACUACACCAUUUUCAUAAAAGAUUUCUUCCAGAACUUGCAGGACUCAAUACGAAAUGCCAGAAGCCAGCUGGAACUGAAGCUCAUAGACCCUAUGCCGGAGUCUUCGUGGAUGCAUGCUCUCACGGGGGAGACCAUCACCUACAUCCACGAGGCCAAUAAGAUAGUUAUCCCGCCUCACCUCCUCAAUCCACCACUUUUCCAUCGCAAUUAUCCCAUGUCAAUGCUCUAUGGAAGCAUGGGUGUACAGAUUGCAAGAGAGAUUUUACGAUCUGUUGAUUCAAUUGGACUGGCAUGGAAUAGUAGAGGACAGCUUGUAAACCGUUCUGUGUACACAAACAGGUCAAUGGAUAACCUGCUAAGCAUGGCAGGCUGUGUUGCUGCUGCCACUAUGGAACUUUCAAUAGAAACUGAUGCCGUUGUAGACAGAACUUCCCUUGACACAGCUGCGGAGGUUGAUGCUGUGCGGCAGACUUACCAGGCAUACCUCUCUCUGAUGCAAAAUGAGCCGCAACCCCAACAUCCGAGUUUUGAAAGCAUGAACACCACAAAUAUCUUCUUCAUGUCAUAUGCAGGGAGUUUAUGUUCAGACACAGCAAUGCAGCAAGAGGACAUAGAGCGGACAUGUAAUCCUUCGCUGAUGAAUAAACCUAGGUUGGAGGCAGUGUUGUCUCAGCUCAAGGAAUUCAGCCAAGCAUUCUCCUGCCCGAAGGACUCACGUCACUACCCAAGGCACUUGUGUCCCAAACUGCACUGACCUCAACAGUACCUCUAUCUUAAGCCCUCGUCACUUUAGAUUACAGGAGAGUUGAAAGGUCUAGGGAUGCGUUUAGUAAUUACCUGUUUCAUGCAAGUUAUUUUUAUUAUUUUUUUGAACUACUGUGAAAGGAACACAUGUGGAUGGUUUCUGACAUAUUAUUAUUAUUCAACACAAAAGUAAUAAGUAUAGCAUUCAUUAUUUGUAUUCUUAUGCUGUAUUUAUAUUUGAGAUAUAUGGUUACCUUGCGUGAAAGGUUGGGGCAUAUAGAUGGAUGAGGAUUAAGGUAAAUACUGAACCUUUCUGUGGACCUUUCUGUUGUGUUCAGAGAGUGCCUGCUUAAGAAGUCAGGAUUUUGUAUGAAACCUGAGAGAAAAAAAAAA